CGGCAGAGCACGAGACAGAAGAAGAAACAAGCCGGACGGCGACGCCAUGUUAUGAGGCAACAACAACGACAACAAUGUCGUUCUUGGAAAUCGCAGGAACCCUUACCCUCAUCGCGUACUACAUCGGCAUCGCCUACGUAGGCACCCGUUGGACAAACGUUGAGUACGACGAGGACGAGUCGGAUAACCAGCAGCCUGGGCAAACCGCGGCUGCAAAACCGCAGGAUAAGAGCGGGGACGACCUGCUGCGCCUGUUUCUCGCCAACCGGAGCCUUCCGCUUUCGCUGGGCUUCGUUUCUAUGACCGCAACUUGGGUCGGAGCCGGUUACAUCAACGGAACCGCCGAAGCUGUGUUCAACCUCGGCCUCGUCUGGUGCCAGGCUCCACUAGGCUACGCGCUCAGCCUGGUCAUCGGUGGACUGUUCUUCGCGGGCAGAAUGCAUGCAACCAAGGCGUUUACAAUGCUGGACCCGUUCCAGCAGCACUACGGCUGUUGGAUUGGCCUCUUGCUCUGCGUGCCAGCGGUCUCUGGCGAAGUCUUCUGGACAGCCUCCAACCUGUCUGCCUUGGGCGAGACCGUGGGCACCCUUACGCAACUAAACGUCACCCUGAUCAUAGUUGUGUCCACCUGCCUAAUCCUGUUAUACACGUCGAGGGGAGGUCUCGCCUCUGUGAUGUACACGGACGUUUUCCAGCUGGGCAGCACCAUCAUAGGCCUAUGGUGCUGUGUGCCCUUCAUCGCGACCAACCAGGCCGUAGCGAAGAUAAGCGACGCACAAAAAGAGUGGGUUGGCGUCAUUAAAAACCAAGAUGUUAGUCAGAUCUUGGACCAGCUCUUCAUGACCAUCUUCGGCGGCAUACCCUGGCAGGUAUACUUCCAGCGGGUGUUGAGCUCCGAUUCCGCCUUCACCGCGAAAAUGCUCUCAUUCUUGUCCGCCCUGGGAUGCGUGUUCCUGUCCCUCCCACCGGUCAUCGUUGGUGCCACUGGGAAAAGCGCUAACUUCACGGCGGUGGGCUACCCUGGUGCGUACAACCUGGACGAGGGCCACCGCAAGGACAUUAUGCCGUACGCCAUACGCUACCUGACGCCGGGCAUGAUUUCGAUCCUGGGUCAACUGGCCAUCACGGCGGCAGUAAUGUCGUCCGUCGACUCGUCCAUGCUGAGUGCUUCGUCACUCAUCGCGCGCAACGUCUACCAGCUUAUUUUUAGGCCCACGGCAUCCGAGGUCGAGCUGUCAGCUGCGCUUCGAUGCGCCCUGUGGGUGGUCGGCCUGUUGGCGAUGACCAUGGCCCUCAAAGUGCAGUCGGUGUUUGCGCUCUGGACGCUCUCCUCGGACCUUGUCUACGUGCUGCUCUUCCCUCAGUUCAUCGCGCUCUUUUUCAUGCCUAGCAAGAUCAACGCCUACGGCGCAGCCAGUGGCUUUAUGAUAGGCCUGUUGGCGCGGACCCUUUGCGGCGAGCCGGAAUUCGGCGUUCCGGUUCUCUUGGCGCUGCCCCUGUACGACGCUGAGCGGGGCCAGCAGUUUCCUUUCCGGACCUUCUGCAUGCUGCUGAGCCUGGCCAGCCUCCUCGGCUGCUCGGAGCUCGCUGCGUACCUGUUCCGCUCGGGCCACCUGGAAGCAGACCGGGAUGUGUGGGGCUGCUUUGUGGAGGGGCCGUCGGUCCCGAAUCUGCGCAGCGGCUUGUCCACGAACGCGCCUUUCAGCGCCACUGCCGGCGGUGGCGUGAGCGCGAUGUCCACACAUAUACAAACCGCUGGCAUCAAGUCACGCGGCCGGCAAGUCUCCGACAUUGAAGGCACGGAAGAACAGCGGAAAGACCGUCGCGCAUCGAUGAAGAGCCAGCGGCCAGCUGCUGCACAGCAGCACUACGGGACCGGCGCCCGGGAAAGCAAGCGGCCGAGCGAUGCGGACACGAAGGGCAGCGGUCAUAGCGUCAAGUUGGCGAACACUGCUGCCGGGAAGAAGACCCUGUCCAAGAGAAGCAAGGAGCGGAAGGGCGAAACCGCCCCGGCGAAAAGCGAAAGCACCCCGGCAAAGGGCGCGAGAGCGAAGAAGCAUAAGUAGCUCCAUCCCUUUAAAAAAAAAAGAAAGAAAGAAAAAUAGAAAAGAAAGGAUUUUGUCCGAGACGCUGAUUUGGCGUAUAUCAUGACACAUUUGAAAUUCGUCACUUAAUGCAAUAGCCAGUCCUUUAUUUUUUUUUCCGUUUCCUUCUUUUUUGCGGUAGGACGUGUAGCAAAGCUUCACAAUCGUUCGGCGCAUUUUUUCUUUUGCUACACAGCUUCUCAAUUCGUACGCAGCGAAGAACCGCAACUCGCUUAGCUUCUUUCUUCACUGAACUUUUUUGCCUUCGCGUUUGUUUAGAAAAGCACAUCGCCAGCAGUUGGAGAUGCCAAGGAAGGCGAGUGCAUGCUGUUAUGACCCACAAGGGGUGGUGACCAAGUCUGAGAACUCUUUCUGCAUGAAAGCAGAUGUUAAACGUUUUUUUUUGCGUUAGCGUAUAUGUAGUAAAGCGCAGGU